UUAAGGUACCAACCGCUAGGGAGGAUGGCUUCCAGCUACAGGAAGUCAACCGCGGCGUCCUCCGCCAGCCAGAAGAGAAAGGUGGGUCCCAAGCCGGAGCUCACUGAAGAUCAGAAGCAAGAAGUGCGGGAAGCCUUCGACCUCUUCGAUGCCGACGGAAGUGGGACCAUCGAUGUGAAGGAGCUGAAGGUGGCCAUGAGGGCGCUGGGCUUCGAACCCAGGAAAGAAGAGAUGAAGAAAAUGAUCUCGGAGGUGGACAAGGAGGGCACGGGGAAGAUCAGCUUCAACGACUUCCUGGCUGUGAUGACGCAGAAGAUGGCCGAGAAGGACACCAAGGAGGAAAUCCUCAAGGCCUUCAGGCUCUUCGAUGACGACGAAACGGGCAAGAUCUCCUUCAAAAACCUGAAGCGCGUGGCCACGGAGCUGGGGGAGAACCUGACGGACGAGGAGCUGCAGGAGAUGAUCGACGAGGCGGACCGCGACGGCGACGGCGAGGUCAACGAGGACGAGUUCCUCAAGAUCAUGAAGAAGACCAACCUCUACUGA